AAUACAGUGUGUGUCCCACCCACCAUCACUCUCACUGCUCACCGACCACUGAGUCCUGUUAAACCAUGCUUCGCCUCGGCACCACACUCUUGCUGGCAGCAGCCUGUGUGCUCGUAAGUCCAGCUGUUUCCACAGAGACAGUUCUUACCUGUCAGGUUGAGACUGUCCAGCGCCUGAGCUGUGAUACUGGAGUGAUCAGUGUGCAGGAAGCACUGUAUGGACGCACAGACAGUGAGACCUGCAGUGAGGAAAAACCUCAGGCACAGCUUACCAAUACAGAUUGCGCGCAAGAGGGCACAGUGGACGUCCUCAAGAGAAGGUGUGAUGGAAAAAGGGUGUGUGAAGUGAGCGUGAAUGUCUUUGGAUCACCCGAUCCCUGCGAAGGCACCUCCAAAUAUCUACAGACCAAGUACAUCUGCCUCCCAGCAAUUCACCUUGUGACAUGUGAGCACUCUUUCGCAAACCUGCACUGUGAUACUGGGCAGGUUAUAUCUGUCUACGGCGCUGAUUAUGGACGCCACGACCAGACCACAUGCACUUACAAACGGCCUGCCACUCAGAUCCAAAAUAGCGACUGCUCACAGCCGACCAGCAUCGUUUCUGACAACUGUGGUGGGAAAAACAGUUGCAGUAUCAAAGCAAGCAACUCAGUGUUUGGAGACCCCUGUGUCGGCACUUUCAAGUACCUGGAAGUGGCUUACGUUUGUGAAUAUCCUUCCAGCCCUCCAGAUGACACCCUGGAGCCAGUUGGGCAAGAUCAAGCCAUUGUUUUGUAUAUAAGGCAAAGACAGUUCCUCACUGGGCAGAAGAGAUACAGGUGUUUCUGUUUCUGCAUCCGUCAGUCCCUCUGUUCAGCUCAGACAGGAUCUUCUAACAUCAUGCUCUGCUACAGACUCAGCACCACACUGUUGCUGGCAGCAACAUGUUUGCUCAUGGCAGCAGUUGUUUCCACGGAGAAAGUUGUCACCUGUGGCAGCUCCAGGAAUGUCCAGCGCCUGAGCUGUGAAUCUGGAGUGAUCGUUGUGCAGGCAGCACUGUAUGGGCGUGCAGACAAUCAGACCUGCAGUGAGGGAAGACCUCAGAAUCAGCUUGCCAACACAACGUGCGCUCAAAGGGGCACAGUGGACGUCCUCAGAAGAAGGUGUGAUGGCAAGAGGGAGUGUGAACUGAACGUAAACCUUGUUCGUAACUCUAACCCCUGCCGUGGCAUCCACAAAUACCUGGAAACCACCUUCACCUGCUUCCCAGCAAUUCACUUUGCUGCCUGCGAGGGCUCUGUGGCACACCUCAAGUGUGAUGUAGGACAGGUUAUCUUUGUGUAUGGGGCUGACUAUGGACGCCGUGACCGCACAACCUGCUCUUUCAGACGGCCUACCUCUCAGAUCCAAACAGUUGACUGCUCACGCCCCACUACCAAAGUUGCUGACAGCUGCAAUGGGAAAAACAGGUGCAGUAUCAAUGUGAGCAACUCAGUGUUUGGAGACCCCUGUGGUGGCACUUACAAGUACCUGGAGGUGGCGUACAUAUGCGAAUAUCCUGGGGUCAUUCCAUAUCAGCCUCCAACUCAGCACCACACUGUGGCAAAGACUUCAACUUAUGCCUUUAUAUCUGUUAUUGUAGUUGUUUCCACGGAGAAAGUUGUCACCUGUGGCAGCUCCGGGAAUGUCCAGCGCCUGAGCUGUGAAUCUGGAGUGAUCGUUGUGCAGGCAGCACUGUAUGGGCGUGCAGACAAUCAGACCUGCAGUGAGGGAAGACCUCAGAAUCAGCUUGCCAACACAACGUGCGCUCAAAGGGGCACAGUGGACGUCCUCAGAAGAAGGUGUGAUGGCAAGAGGGAGUGUGAACUGAACAUAAACCUUGUUCGUAACUCUAACCCCUGCCGUGGCAUCCACAAAUACCUGGAAACCACCUUCACCUGCUUCCCAGCAAUUCACUUUGCUGCCUGCGAGCUCUCUGUGGCACACCUCAAGUGUGAUGUAGGACAGGUUAUCUUUGUGUAUGGGGCUGACUAUGGACGCCGUGACCGCACAACCUGUUCUUUCGGACGGCCUACUUCUCAGAUCCAAACAGUUGACUGCUCACGCCCCACUACCAUAGUUGCUGACAGCUGCAAUGGGAAAAACAGCUGUGCUAUCAACGUGAGUAACUCAGUGUUUGGAGACCCCUGUGGUGGCCCAUACAAGUACCUGGAGGUGACGUACAUAUGCGAAUAUCCUGCAGUCAUUCCAAAUCAACAUUAAUUAUUAACAUACUGGAAUUUCACUUGUAUCACAAUAAACAUGCAUUUGAUUUAAUACAUUUGUCGGUUUGUUCAUUGGCUAAAGAAAUGUCAAACAUAACUGCAGAAUCCUGCUCCGGAUACAGAACUAUACCAGAGUACUAAUAUGGAAUAGUUUGGCCCAUACAGGUUACAAGGUACAUACAAGUUGAAAUAUAUCCACUGAAUUUCAGAUGUCUCUUUCACAAUGUAAAUCUAUAGGGAAAAAGUCUUUUGGGGCCCAAGGGCACCAUUUGAUUGACCCAUAAGUUGUAAUUCCAGUACAAAAAUGGGCUUAAAAUCCAGGUGCACUUCCUGUGGGCCUAGAGUGGGGCUGCUGUGACCGGCCCCUGACUUCCUGUCAUUUUGCAAAACUGGCCACGGGCAAAGCAAGUCGAGUACUUGUGGUCUUGAGCUUCUGCUCCUGUCUGAAUCUGAACCAGCCUGAUUGUUUGGAGUAACUGUGUGUGAGAGCAUGUUGCACCUUCUGUCAUGCAAAAUCAUCUGCCCACUCCAAAAUCACACACACAGAACCUUAAAGUCCCUGCACCC